AUGAACGAUUUAGUUAAUCAAUUUAAAAGUGCUGCAUUAGCUGUUGGUCAAUAUUUAACUCCAGUACUUAAAGAAUCCAAAUUUAAAGAAACUGGAGUUCUUACACCCGAAGAAUUUGUUGCUGCUGGUGACCAUUUAGUUCAUUUAUGUCCAACUUGGUCUUGGGCAAAAGCUAGUGAUUCUAAUGGGUUUUUUAUAUUUGUAAAUUAUUUAAAAAUUAUUUUAAGGAUUUGUGCUUAUUUACCUGUUGACAAACAAUUUUUAAUUACCAAACAAGUGCCUUGUCAUCAAAGAUGCGCUCAAAUUAUGGGUUAUGAUGAGUCUAAAGAAAAGAUAAUCAAAGAAGAAUCUGCAGAAACUGGAGAUGACCAAGAUGAAUGGGUGGAUACUCAUCACUUUGAUUUUGAAACAAAUUGUGCUCCAAAAGAUUUAGAGGAUGCAGAGAAUAAUGAAAUUGAUGGAAAUCUAGAAGAAAACAAUUUAAAUGAAGAAAAAAAUUGUGAAGAAGAGGAGGAAGAAGGAGGGGAACCUAUUGAUUUGGAUGAAUAUUUAUCUAGUGGAUUAUUAGAAGAAGAAGACCCUGCAAGGUUUUUGUUACUAUUUAAUAAUUUAAAAAAGAGUAGGUUGGACCCUUCGAUAAGAAAAGGGUACUCGGACCCUUCGAUUUUCCAAUUCUAA